GCGAUCGAGCUGGUAGAGGAGAAGACGACGGGCAGCGCUGUGCACACGACGAGCCCAGACCAGACGCGAGUGAAGAGGAGAGCAGCAGUCGACUCGAUUGGGCUCUAAUUUGCCCACUCUUCGGGGAACAUCGAGUUGACGGCGAUCGUCGCUUUUCCGUAGAACUCGAGCGAAAUGGCCAGGAAGUUGAUUCCCCUGUUGGAUAGAAUUUUGGUCGAGAAGGUCGUUGCGCCGACAAAAUCUGCCGGUGGCAUCUUAUUGCCUGAAUCCGCUGCUGCUAGCAAGGUCAACUCCGGAAUUGUAAUUGCAACCGGUCCUGGUGGUAGAACAAGAGAUGGAAACGUCAUUCCCGUCAGCGUGAAGGAAGGUGACACUGUUAUGCUUCCAGAAUACGGUGGAACUGCUCUCAAACUUGGAGAAAAAGAGUACGUUCUGUACCGGGAUGAUGAUAUUUUGGGCAUCUUAGAAAACUGAUUAGACAUAUUAAAUCCUCAGUGGCAAAAAAUUUUGAUGAUUCUUUCUGUACUACUUGCAAGAGUGCAACAGUCCAGACUGGUAGAUAGCGUAGAUAGGUGAUCGAGAAUGGGGAAACACUAAAUCCCCUCCUCAGAGAAAUGAGAUACCUUCUGAUUGAAAGUGAGCAAAACCCACUCGCAAAUUUCUGUGUUGUGGUUUUAACCGUCAGCUAAGAAGCUUAUUCCAUGGGCGUCUGCUUUGAUCGAAGAGUGAAGGAAUCUAUCCGGGAGUGUUCUCUACAAGCCGGCAUUCUUGUGAGAAAACCCACUGGAAAGGCUGACUAUCGAACUGUACACGUACUUUUGUCUAGAGGCUGCCAGGUUUCUGUGAAUGUCUUAAUCAACUCUUUUUAGUUCUCGUUAUGCUGUCUGUUUCUCCCACUACAUACUUUUGAUGGCUUUUGAACUAGGGUGCUUCAAGGCCUCUACUUAUUUGGUUUGGCGAAGUGUCUGGUUAAUUUUCAUCUUCUGAUUUUGACCACCUGAGUUCCCACAACCCAGCCAGAGCUAGGGGUCUAUGGCCGAAGUCGGUGGAUAGCAAAUUCCUUUCAGUAUGCAAUAUGCUGCCGCCCUAAUUUCAGCUCUCCUGCCACAUAAGGUGUGGACAUC